AUGGAUGUAGUUUUUGAUAAGGAAAUCGUGGAUCGUGCCAAAAACCUAACGCCACCAGCGGAGAUCCGCGAACGAAUUGCGGAUUAUGGCAGAAAAGUCAUCGUGGCUCUGGAGAAAGAAAAAUCGGAAAAUACACUUCCAGAUAUCAGUGUCGCCGAAAUCAUUCCGGUUGGAUCUUUCAUGAAUGAUACAAUUACACAUUCUAGCGAUAAAAGUGAUAUUGUAGUGCAGUUGAAUGGUCUUCCUUCGUUUGAAAAUGUAUCUGAUCUUGGACGAAGGAUUGUCGACAACAUGAAGAUGGCAGAUCCGAAAGAGACCGGAGAACCGUUGCCACAAGAUUAUGGAUUUCUUAUUUCGUCUCACAACUGCAAAGUGCGAGUUCUUGUCACAAUAAUUCCAGGAGAUUCGGCAAAAUUGGAGCCAGAAUUGCAUUUGGAUGAGAAAAUUCUAAUGAUAAACUACUUUUCCACCCGUCACACUUCCUGGUUCGCUGCUCAGGCCAAUUCGCUAUCGGAGGAGAAUAUGCAAGAAUAUCGUGCUCUUAUCCGUGUUCUGAAAGACACUCGUUCUCGAUACAGCGACUUCCAGCAUCUCUCGAUUUGGUCUCUUCAGUAUCUUGCUCAUUAUUGUCUUUUCAAAGGUCCAAGUCGUCAAAAAGUGAAUCUCGGUACCGCGUUCCGCAGAUUUUUCGAGCUAAUCGCCGCUGGAGUUUUCCUUCCAAAAGCAGCGUCUCUCGUCGAUGAAACCGCUCCAAAUCAUCGUAUUGGAUUUGAUUUGACCUUUCAACAAAGGGAUUCAAUAUGCCAAGGAGCACAAACACUUGUUCGAAUCUUUGCAACUGGAAACGACGGAUAUCGCACGAUUCUUGGAACGCACGGGACUGCUGCCGACCUCACUCAAACCGCUUCCACGUGGAAAGGAAUUGAGAUUCGACCGACUCUCGACGCGUACAAACCAGAGUGUAUGGAGUGA